UAAAUCCACACUGUGAGAAAUCCAGUCCAGCUUUUCAGUUUCUCUCUCCGUCAGAGAGGCUCGAACUGUUUUUUUUUUCUGUCAAGUUAAAGUUUUUAGAGGGCGAGAGGGGAGCUUUCAGCUAUGCUGGCCGCUAGUUUUAGAGACUGUAAGGCGUGGGAGGCUGAGGGUCUCCCCCUGUCCACUACCAGCAAUGAAGCCUGCAAACUAUACGACGCUAUACUGAAUCAGUAUGUAACCUGGCGUAAUGAUGAGACACUGGGAGGAAUCGAGGGGUGCAUUGAAGCAGUCCAAGCAGCUGACCCUAACUUUGUGAUGGGUCAUGUGAUUGGCACUGGACUGGAGCUGGUAGGUACUGGAAGUUCAGUACUGCGUAAUGAGAAGCUGGCAGGAGCUGUGAAAAGGACGUUAGAUCUAGCCAAAAGCCAAGACCUCACACCCAGAGAGAAACUGCAUGUUAAAGCUGUUGACCUGUUCUCCAGAGGAGCAUUGGACAAGGCCUGUGAUGUGUGGGAGGAUAUUUUGGUGGAGCAUCCCACAGACAUGCUGGCCCUGAAGUUUUCCCAUGAUGGCUUUUUUUAUUUGGGUGAGCAGGUUCAAAUGAGGGACUCUGUGGCCAGAGUGCUUCCACACUGGAAACCACACAUGCCCCUGUACAGUUAUCUGAAAGGCUUAUAUUCCUUUGGACUUCUUGAGACUCAUUUCUAUGACCAAGCUGAAAAAGUGGCAAAAGAGGGCCUUGCUCUGACUCCUGAAGAUGGCUGGUGUGUCCACUCUGUAGCUCAUGUCCAUGAGAUGAAGGCAGAGAUUGAAAAGGGUCUAAAGUUCAUGGAGUCUAAUGAGAAGAACUGGAAGGUGUGCGACAUGUUGGCCUGCCAUAAUUACUGGCAUUGGGCUCUUUAUCAUGUAGAAAAGGGAGAAUAUGAAGCUGCUUUGAAGAUAUAUGAUGAUCAGGUGUCCCGUCGCUGUGUAAAGUCUGGAGCUAUGCUGGAUACGGUGGAUGCCUGUUCUCUGCUCUACAGGCUGGAAAUGGAGGGAGUAAAUGUAAAGGGCCGUUAUCGGGAGCUCCUGCAGGUGACUGAGCCGCAUUCUGAAGACCACACUCUGCUCUUCAAUGACCUGCACUUCCUCAUGGUGUCUCUGGGCUGCAAAAACACCAGUACAACGCAGCGUCUGCUGGAGAGUCUGCGAGUGCUGGCCAAAGAACCAGGAGAAAACCAUGAGCACCAGUUGGCUGAGACUAUUGGGUUGCCCAUGUGUGAGGCAUUGGUGGAAUAUGACCAAGGGAACUACAGCAAGGCAGUGGAAAUUCUCAAACCAAUCAGAUACCACUUUGUAGAGAUAGGGGGCAGCGAUGCACAGAGGGAUGUGUUCAGUCAGCUGCUCAUUCAUUCUGCGAUUAAGUCAGAGGACAAACACCAUCAAAGAUAUGCCAGGUGUCUACUGGCUGAAAGAGACUCAGUGAGGCCUAAUUCCCCUCUCACUGACCGACUGAUCCAGAGGGCCCAUUCUCUACAUCUAUAACUGCCAAGAAGCUAAGGCUAUGUUCAGAUUGCAAGCCCAAAUCUGUUUUUUGCAUAUCUAGAUUGUAUUCAGGUUGCUUUUUAAUAGUCUGAACAGUCAGAAAUCUAAUGAAAUCAAAUUUUUGCAAAUCGAAUCUAUUCCAUAUUGGAUAUGGUUUAAAAUAUCAUUACAAUUUUUAAUGAUGUAACUUAGUCUGGAUGCUGUGGAUGCUCACAAAACACCUACACUCUUAUUACAGCAACCUGUGCAGAUAUGUUUGUGAUGUUUGGAGACGUACAUGCAAAUCCAGUAAGAUCAUUCGCAAAUACCAGUGCGGACAGUCAUCUCAAUCUGAUUGCAGAUCCAACAAAUCCAGUUUGAUUGCAGUCUGAAUAUUAGCCCUACACAGUUUCUGACAAUCAGCACAUAAAAAAUUUGAUAUUGAUAAUACAUUGAGAUUUAUUCAGAUUAAUUGCUUGAAUGUUAAUGUAGCAUCCGUUAAAUAAACCUUUUAAUAAACAUAUAAACACUCUAA